AUGUGCUACAAUGAGAAUGAAUGCAAUCCGGAAACUGGAGAAUGCGAAUGUGUUGGUUUCACUGGAGAACACUGUGAUGAACCCUGCCCGCGGGGCACAUUUGGCAAAGGGUGCGCAGAAAAGUGUGAUUGCGAGCAAGAGGCCUACUGCCAUCCGACUAAUGGCACGUGCAUUUGCCCUGAGGGCUUCAAAGGAGAACACUGCGAUCAGAAGAGUAAGUCCUAG